AUGUCCAACCAAUCCUCCAGCAACCCUGAUCACGCCGGUGUCCCUUUCCCUGACUGGUACAACGAUGCCAUCCAUGCUGAGAUCGCGGAGUUCCUUGCCAGCUUCGACGAGCCUGAGCAGCCGCGCCCUGCUUCUCCCCAGCCGGACACGCCGGGCCUCACUUACGCCCAGUACGCUCGUAUGCUCUCGGACGUCCAUGGUUCGCGGUUCAACUCGCCCGUCCCCAUUCCUUGGAACAACGGUACGGUCUCCCCUUCGCAGAUCUUUGCGCCACCCCCGAGCGAGGUCUCGACUUUCUCGGGGAUCUCCGGCUUGACCAGGGUUGCUGGAGGAUUGGUUGGACAUGGUGUGUGGGUGUUGGGACAAGUGGGUAACAAGUUUGAGACACCCAGGGGCGGGCAUCAGGGCGGUAUUUACACCCCUGACCCAGGACAAGAGCAUAUGGUCACGAGGGGGAGUGUUGGCUGUAGGAGCAUAGCGGCGCGUCGCUGGGCGACUGCGCCGACAGAUGCCAUGUCGAAGGUUGGGUGCCUUCUUUAUUCUCGAAUACGUUCUGGUCUGACAUCCGAGAAGCAGCGUUGGAUGCCUUCUCUUCAUUCUCGAAUACGUUUCGAACGGCCUGAUAUCCGUGAAGCGGCAUGA